AUGGGGCUUCUCGAAGAUUCCGAACUACGGGAGUCGCUGACGAAGAGACCUCCCGAGGAUAUGAGGCAACUUAUGAGGUGUAUUGAGGAGUAUAAGCGUCUUAAAGAUGAUCGGCUGCAGAGUAAGGGGAAAGCCCCUUUACUCGGUAGAUCUCGAUCGGGCAUUAUUCCGACAAGACCAAAAAAGGAUUUCAGGAUGCAGGAAUCGGAAGCACAAAUUGAAGGAGUGAAUGUGGCGUUCAAAGAACCGGUGCAUAAAAUUCUAGAUCGGAUUAAGAACGAGUCGUUCUUCAGGUGGCCGAACAAGAUGGGGGGCGACCUAUCUCGGAGGAAUCAAAACUUGUACUGCACAUACCACAGAGAUAAAGGGCACACCACCGAGCAGUGCAAGAAAAGAAAUCCCCUCCCACCACCAUUGGGAGUGAUCGAGGUCAUCCACGCCGCCCCGAGAAGUGCAGCCACUGUUAGGAGAGUAUUGACGGUGGCCUACGCGGAGGGAGAAUCACCCGAGAAAAGGAUGAAAGUUGGUCGGCAGACAAUCUCUUUUGACGAGGAAGAUUUGGAGGGGACGAUCCAACCUCAUGAUGAUGCGUUGGUAGUAACAGCAUGGAUAAGUGACUUCUUGGUGAAAAGAGUGAUGAUAGACCAGGGAAGCGGAGCUGAUGUAAUGUACCCAGAUUUGUUCGAGGGGCUCGGAUUAAAGAAUCAAGACUUGGUGAAAUAUGAUACGCUACUGGUCUCGUUUGACGGAAGAGUCGUGAUUCCAGAAGGUCAAAUUUCUCUCUCGGUGGAUAUGGAAGGUAAGGAAGUAAUGAUGACCUUCAUAGUAGUUUGGGAAGUCCAUGGAUUCGCGCAAUGA